AUGGUCCGUCAACUCAAGCACCACGAGAAGAAACUUCUCCGGAAGGUCGAUUUCCACACCUACAAGUCCGAUGGCAACCACCGUGAGCAUGUCAUCCGCCAGCGAUACCUCCUCCAAGACCCGAUGGACUACCGCAAAUACAACGCCCUGUGCGGUUCGCUCCGCUCACUGGCACACAAGCUCUCUCAGCUGGACCCGGACUCGGAUCCUGUGCGCAGGAAGAUGGAAUCCGAAAUGCUGGAUAAGCUGUGGCGGAUGGGUAUCCUGAAGCAGUCGCGCGAGCAGGGCGCUGGGUUGUCGAAGGUUGAGCGCGAGGUCACAGUCUCUGCGUUCUGCCGACGCAGACUAGCGGUUUUGAUGGUCCGCACCGGCAUGGUGGAGACUAUCAAGGCCGCGGCCACUUUCAUCGAGCAAGGCCACGUCCGUGUCGGAACUGAAGUUGUCAACGACCCGGCAUUCUUGGUGUCGCGCAACAUGGAGGACUUUGUCACCUGGGUCGACUCCAGCAAGAUCAAGCGCAACAUCAUGCGUUACCAGCAGAAGCUGGAUGACUUUGAUCUUCUGUGA